AUGUUCGCUUCAAUUUUCACUUUAUGUCUCCCCCUUCUGGGGAACCUCAUAACCCAUGCAUCGGCAUGUUCACGAGUCACGUACAACAGCGGUCCCGGUGACAACAACCGAAUCAUAGUAGGGAGAUCGAUGGAUUGGUUCGUGGCCACCAAUGCCAGCAUCUGGGCUUUCCCUCCAGGCAUGAACCGGAGUGGAAACGCCGGACCCAACUCGUUGAACUGGACUUCCAAAUACGGCUCGGUCGUCACAGCUAUGUACUAUGCUGCCACGGUGGACGGGAUCAAUUCCGAGGGUCUGACAGGAAACUUCCUGUACCUCUCAGACAGCGACUACGGGGCGCGCAACGACGCCGUCCCCGGCCUCUCGGUGGGCGCAUGGCUUCAGUAUUUCCUCGACAACUACGCGACGGUAGACGAGGCCGCUAAAGACCUCUACACCCCAGAGGGGCGCCAAAAGUUUCAAAUUGUGACCACCGAGAUCAUCCCUGGAACACCGUCGGUCGGCCAUGUCAGCCUCGCCGACGCUUCUGGCGACAAUCUCAUCCUCGAGUACCUCGAUGGCGUCUUGACGGUCCACCACGGAAAACAAUACACCGUCCUGACAAACCAGCCCCCGUACGACCAGCAGCUCGCCAUCAACGCCUACUGGUUGCCGAUCGGAAACGAUUCGCUCCCGGGUACGCGCCGUCCGGCGGACCGUUUCGCACGAUUGUCAUACUACAACAACGUGACAGCCAGCGCCAACGACCAGGAGGAAUCAAUUGCCGUGACGGCAUCCAUGAUUCGCGCCGUCAGCGUUCCCUUCUCGCCUUCGCUGCCAGGACAGCCGAACGUGGCGUCGACACUGUGGCGCACAUACAGCGACACCAGGGCUCUGCGGUACUACUGGGAGAGCUCCCUGGCACCCAUGUUCUUCUGGAUCAACCUUGGCAGUAUGAACUUGACCAGCAAUGCCCCGGUCAGGAUGCUGGCGCUGCAAAAUGUCGACCCGGAGACGAGAGUCGGUAACAUGGACAACGAUUUUGUCGAUUCGGCGCCAUUCGAAUUCUUGACCUCCGCUGGCGGAAGCGACUGA